UCACACUUUGCAUACCACACCAAUAAGAAAAUAAAAAUAGAAAAAUGAAACAACAGAUGAGUAUUACUCUCUUCAUUCUCGCGGUGGCGGCCAUGGCGGAUGUCUCCAAUUCCGCCGCUCGGCCCGAACAAAUGCUAGGAGCGUGGGAGCCGAUCCAAGAUUUGAAUAGCCCUUACGUGGUUGAGGAUGCGAAAUUUGCAGUGGCGGAGUAUAAUAGGAUAAAUAAGGAUAGUUUGAAGCUUGCAGGCAUUGUGGAAGGUGAGAGUGCAGAGCUGAGCUAUAAGCUUGUUCUGGCGGUCAGCGGCGGAGUUACCAACAAUUACGAAGCUGUUGUCUAUGACGUGCCAUGGGAGAAGAUUAAAGAGCUCGUCUCUUUUAAGCCCGUUUUUUAAAAAGGUUUUUAAAAACUUUUUGUCGCUCUAUAUUUGCGAAAUGAUGAUACUAAAUAUGGAAUGUAUAAAUAAAUUGCCGGAAAGAUAUAAUCUUCAUUGAAAA